GUCUUGGCGUUUCUCCAUCCCGACCUGGAGGCUGCUUCGCGAGCGCAGGACGCAACUGACGCCUGCUAAUCGACUUUCGCUGCGCGCCCCGGCUCGGGAGCCCGUUGGCGGCGGCGACAGUGACAAGAAGCCCACAGGCAAGAAUUGUCGGUGAGGACGAUGGAGGGAAACUUUUUACUCCUGAAGAGUAUGAAGAAUACAAAAAAAAAGUAUUACCUAUGCGCUUACAGAACAGAUUAUUUGUGAGCUGGCGAUCACCAACUGGAAUGGAUUGUAAGCUUGUGGGUCCAGAGACACUGUGUUUUUGUACACAUAGGUAUAAACAACAUAAAACUGACUUUGAAACGAUUCCUCAGCAACGCCCCCUUAGUCUCCCUUGCCGAGUGAGCGGCUGCGGGUGCAGGGCGUACCUUUACGUCCCUCUGAACGGCACCCAGCCCAUUCGCUGCAGGUGCAAGCACUUUGCGGAUCAGCACAGCGCUGCCCCCGGCUUUCUAUGCAAUGCCUGUUCCAGGUGUUCAGGAUUCCAUAGUUGCUUCACUUGUGCUUGUGGUCAGCCUGCGUAUGCUCAUGACACAGUGGUGGAAACUAAGCAAGAAAGACUGGCUCAGGGCAAGCCAGUGGGACAGGAUGUUCCUUAUGCGGCAAUGGGAGGCUUAACAGGUUUCAGCUCACUGGCGGAAGGCUACAUGCGGUUAGAUGACAGUGGGAUUGGUGCACCUUCAAUUGAAUUUUUAGACUCUCCAGUUACAGCCAUGGACCACCCAUUUCUAAAAGCAUUUCAAGCAUCAUCUAGUUCUUCUCCAGAAACACUGACAGAUGUAGGUACAAGCAGUCAAGUUUCUUCCUUAAAGAGACCUGAAGAGGAUGAUAUGGCUUUCUUUGAAAGACGAUACCAAGAAAGGAUAAAAAUGGAAAAGGUCGCUAAGCAGAAAGGAAAAGCAUCAUUGCCAUCAAGUACAAAACCUUCAUGAAGACUAUUGGGAAAAUUAAAACCAUAAUCCAAAUAGGUCUUGUUUGUGUUUAUUUAAAUAUAAUGCAGUUUACUUUCUCUCAAAUUAUUUCCUUCUUUUACUAUGUAAAAAUGUCAUUUUGGUUUUUUCCUUAAUUUAUUUAAACAAGUGAAAAUACUUGGUUACUUUUAUCAAAGUUCAUGAUUUAAUAUUUUGUAUAUACUUUUUAUCUCUCCUAACAAAUGAGGUUAUUUUCAUAUUAGUCAAAACCUGAAAAUACAGUAACUGUUUUUAGUCUGUCAUAAUUUAACUUUUUGAGGGUAUUUAAAAAAUUAAGUAUGUUAUUUUGGGUUUUGAACAAAUAUAUAAGGAGCGUUGUUUAAAAAUAGUAAGU